AUGUCCUCAAUCACCAGAUCCACUCAAUCCACUCGACCCGAUUCCAUCGGCAGCAAUGAGAUCCCCCAGUCUACCUCUUCUACCGGUGAAGACGGCACUUCCAAUCGAACCGUCUCACAAGAUCCUGAGGCCAAAGCCAUCAUCAAGGGAUUUCGAGAACUCGGCGAGAAGGUCAUGCGACCUAUGCACGCAAAAGAGCAUCACCUUGUAAUUACAUCUUCAUGCAAACUAUACAGCGGUGAUCAACUCGAUAUCCAACAGAUGCAUAGUCAAAGAUUCAGCUCUCUUGGGUUUUCAAUGCGAGUGAGACAAGCCCUACAGUACCAAAUCGAUAAUGAUCUAACUUUGAAUGGCGUCAAGCAUACUAAUGUCGAUUCCGGCGCCUUUUUUUCAGGCUCGAACGCCAGAAGGAAAACGCAAGGAGCUGGGAGUGGAGUCUUGUUCGAUCUCGAUUCUGUUCAACGCGGCUACAAGACUACCUUGAGUGAGGUGUGCUACAGAAGCGUCGUUCAAGACCUGGAUGUUGGCGCGACACGCGACAAUGCGCUCUGGGCUACGCUUAUCCCUAUAGCGGCCCGCCGGGAGUCACGAGCUAUGGGUAGCUCGAAGAGUUCAUAUACCGCUACAAUGCGUAACCUCAAAAGUCUGUCUCAGGAUUCAGCACUUCGAACCGACCCCAUCUCGACUUCGUCUACCCCACUUCAGCUCUUUCAAGUGUCCACCCAGAUCGGAAGAACCAAGAGCAACGUCCUUGCAGCCGGUCUGAACAGUGCAACAGGUGACGACGGUUCGGAGAAGGCUGGUUUGAAUACGGCGGAGAGAAAGAGAAAUAGUACUGGAGGAACGAGUGGAGGUCCAGCUCUACCCGAUACGGCUCGUACAUCUCCCAGUCUCGAUGGCGAUCUUGCAUUCAGACCUUACCGGUCCAACACCCUCGAGCAUAUUCGGAAUCCGGCUUCAUCCCGUCAUCUCGGCUUCUUUCUCGCGCUCGGGGCCCCCCGCGCUGAGAGCGAGAAUUCGGAACCGAAAACAUGGUCGAUCGCAUCAUCGGGACUUGAACCUCGACAAACUAUUCCGAACGAAAUUACCAAGGGUGGCGAUGAUGUUCAAGAAUUGUGGGCGGCGAGAUCGGAGUCGAUCGAUAAUCCUUGCGCGGCGGUCAUCGAUCAAUCUGUUGAAGGAGAUCUAUCAAUUCCCGGUUUGAAGUCGAUAUUCGACGUCCCAUUCAAGAUGUCCUCCACAGCAACACCUACAAGCCCACCUCCUAAUCCAGCCCCAACCCCACCUCCCAACCCAGUCCCAGCCCCCGCCCCACCAUCCAAGAUAUUCUCCAGAGAAUGGCGUCGCCGGAUCCUCAACUUCACCCCUUCUUGGUUCUCCGUCAACAUGGGCACAGGGAUCGUCUCCAUCCUCCUCUAUAACCUGCCCUUCCAGUUCCCCGGGUUGAAGAUUAUCGGGGUGGUCAUCUUCUGCUUGAACGUCUUGUUGUUCGUGGUCUUCUUUGGGAUCUCUUGCCUUCGGUACAUACUCUACCCAAUAGUCUUCCCCCGCAUGCUCCUCCACCCUACCCAAUCGCUCUUCCUCGGGACCCUCCCUAUGGGCUUCGCUACUAUCGUCAACAUGGUCGUCUUCGCCUGCAUACCCGCUUUCGGUGCAAAGUGGGUGACGCUAGCUUGGGUGCUUUGGUGGGUUGAUGGGGUGGUUGCGGCGGUUAUUGGGGUUGGGGUUCCGUUUGUUAUGUUCACCCGGCACGACCACUCCGUCUCCUCAGUAACAGGCGUCUGGCUUCAACCUUCCGUCUCUACCAUCGUCGCCUCUGCCUCAGGAGCCAUCGUCGCCCCAUACCUCUCUGCUGGGCACGCGAGGUUGACGGUGGUCGUGUCCUAUAUCUUGUUGGGGAUGGGGUUUAUGCCGGCGGUUUUGAUUAUGGGGAUGUAUUUCCAUCGGUUGGCUGUUUACAAGAUCCCUCCCAACGCCCUGAUCGUGUCCACCUACCUCCCCCUGGGUCCUUGUGGGCAAGGCGGAUUCGCCAUCCUUCGACUCAGCUCGGUCGUACGGUCCCUGUGUAUGCAGUCGGAAGGUACGAGCCUCUAUUCCGCGGAAGAGGUCAGGCUGUUCGGGAGUGCCAUCUACGCUUGUUCCAUCCCCCUGGCCUUGGUGAUCUGGGGGUUCGGCCUAGUCUGGCUAAUCCUUGCCACCUCCUCCGUCCUGGACCUGAUGCGCAGAGAAAAAGUCGGCUUCAACAUGGGCUGGUGGGGGUUCACCUUCCCCAUCGGCGUCUUUGCCGUCUGCACCACCCAAUUCGGCACCGAACUGGAUUCCAUGGCUUUUAAAGUGAUAGGUACGGUACUGAGCUGUACGGUGGUCGCGCUCUGGAUGUACGUAGGGGGGAUGACGUUGAUAAAAGCUUGGACGGGGGUCAUAUUCAUCGCACCCUGCUUAGGAGCGCUCGAAGCCGAACUCUUGCCCAAAAAGGAGGAUCAGACCGAGCGAGCACCGGAUAUGUGCGGGAACAAGUAGUCUUCAGUUCACGACCAAGUAUUGUAGCGGGCGAGCAUAGGCGCGAGUGUACGAGGACGGGUCCCUUGACGGGACUUCGAUAUUAUAAUAGCAUACAGUAGACCCGUAUGACGUGAGACAUCACACGAAGAGGCGAUUGUGCUUUUGCGCCGCUGGCAAUAAAUAUAAAUGACUGUCAAAAG